UUUCUACCUUUAUCGAUGAAGCAAAAUUAUUGUAUGAAAAUGGUAUCGAAGUAACUAAUUUAAAAAAUGAAUCGAUUAUUGUAAAAUUUUGUCCAUUAGCUUACUGUGUAGACUCUGUAUGUCGACCAAUCUUGCAAAAUAGAAUGCAAUUUAAUGGGUAUUAUGGUUGUAGCUGGUGUUACCAUCCAGGAUGUUAUGUUAAAGAAGUUUCAGGUAUUAGAUAUCCUUUACGAGAUAUCGAUCCCGAAUUAAGAUCUCAUGAAAGUCAUUUAAAGGAUAUAAAAACUGUUACUUUAUCAAAUAAACGUCAAGAGAGAGGAGUAAAAGGAAAUACUGCUUUAAUUCAAAUUCCAUGUAUAGAUAUCGUGUGGUCCUUUUCUUUUGACUAUUUACAUACUAUCCUUUUUGGUAUUGAGCAGCAGUUAUACAAUAAGUGGACAUGCCCAAAAUCACAAUCAAUGUUUAAAUUACGUAAUGCGGAUGUCAAAGCUAUUAAAAAACGUCUGUUAUCUAUUACACCUACCCAGGAUAUACAUCGACUUCCACGAUCACGAAAAGAAAAGUUAAAAGGUGCUGAAGUGAAAACAUGGAUAUUAGUCUACAGUCUACCAUGUUUGGAAGAUAUCCUUCAUGAUACAGCUCUUAAACAUUAUUCAUUACUCGUCAGAAUUUUGUACACUUUAUUAAAAACAACAAUCACCGAAGAAGAAUUAGUACAAUGCGAAUAUGACGCCCUAAAGUUUGUUGGUUAUUAUCAGGUUUAUUACGGAGUUGAAAGUAUGACAUUUAAUGUUCAUAUUUUAUUGCAUGUUGUACAAUCAGUUAGGCAAACUGGUCCUCUUUGGAACAAUUCGACUUUUCCGUUUGAAGGAAAUAUUUUUCAAUUAAAGCAAUUGAUAAAUGGUCCUAACAAGAUGGAUCAGCAAAUAGCGAGGAAACACUUACAACAAUUACAUUUCAAAACAGGAAAUGUUAAUUACUCGUCAAAUAUUAUUAAAAAUUAUUGUACUGAUAUAUUUAGGCAUAAAAAUUUGUCAACUUAUUUUUAUUGUGGUGAAGAUGUUGUUUUUACGGGAGCAAGCUACUCCAAGAAAAUUGAUGGACAAUAUUGCCGUGUAUUUAAAAAAUGUAUUUAUAACGGUAAAGUUUUCCAUAGUAUAAAAUAUACAAAAGUAAAACGUACUAAUGAUACAAUGAUACAAUUAAAAUCAGGACAUUUUGGUCGGAUAAUAGAUAUUAUAGAAAAAGAAAACAAAUGCUAUCUUGCACUUUCAAAAAUUGUUACAUUUUCAGAAGAUCCUUUUAUUGUAACGCACAUAAAAAAAAUUAGAACCGAAGAUUUUCAAAAUUAUAAAAUUGUUCCUAUUACAGAUGUACUUUCAAAAAUAAUUUCUGUAAACAUUAAUAAUCUUGAAUUUUUAUGCAAAUUACCAAAUACUUUUGAAAUACAAUGAUAUGUUUCCCAAAACUGUUUAAAAUAUGUUUAACUGUACAAUAUGUAAUAUUAAAUGUUAAUUACAUUAUGAAAUAUGUAUAAAUAAUGUAUAUUAUACAUAAAAUAUACAAUAUUGUAAUUAUUAUGUAACAUUA